CGCUCCAGUCCUGUAACUAGGACUCGCAAUCAGAUCAAGAUGGCGACCGUAAUUGAGCAAGGUAGUUCUCAAUAUAGUCGGAAUCCCCUAUAUAAUCCUUAAGUGUUGGGCUUCCCUCCCUUUCCUCUUCUGAGUCCUUCUUGCGCGAAUGCGCGAAACCCAGUAGCAGCAGUUCUAAAAGCCACAAUGCGAUUCUGGAGUCUCUUCUCCCUAAUCGCUGUACUUCCUAUCGUCGCAGCUGAUUUUCACGUUGGCUCAGCCCGUUGCACUCAGUCCUUCCCACAUACCGCGGGUGCGGAAGCCAUUUGGGGGGUUAUCAUCCCUUCGAAUCAAGACGGUUGCAUUGGUGCAACGACCUUGUACUUUGGCCAAGGCAUUCAAUAUGGGCCAGGCAUGACCACCAAAGUUUGCGGUGCUACAAUUACGAUUUCCGGUAACCAAACGUGGCGCAGCUCGGAUGGAAAAUACGGACCUUGUUAUUGGCUUAACGGCGUCGUUGGAGCAGUUACGGGGUGCUCGAGUGCACCUUACGAGACGUGCGUAUGGACCGAUUAUAUGUGGUGCCAGUCAGACUUGUGCAAGUAGCAAGGAAAUCGGUAGCAGGGUCUGGCGGAGCCAGGCGCUCCCGAGAUGUGAGCAACCUCAUUCGAGGACGUAGAGACCAAGACGUCUUUUCCCGGCAGGCUCAAGACGUUUUCUUCGUGGAUUAUUACCGCAGGCGCAAUG